ACAAACGUGACCUCUGCCACUGAGAGUCACCGGGGCUGACAAGCAAAGGAGAACGAUCACUGACUUCAGGGGACGCUUGGAAAACGGAGCGGACAGGAUGAGUGGAAAGGCAAAAUCAGUGGGGAUCAUCGGCGCGCCUUUCUCCAAGGGACAGCCACGAGGAGGAGUGGAAGAAGGGCCGCUUUAUCUGAGAAAUGCUGGUCUGAUCGAGAAACUCGAAGCACAAGGUUGCGAUGUGAAGGACUAUGGGAAUCUGGCCAUUGUUGAUGUGCCCAAUGACUGCCCAUUUCAAAAUGUGAAGAACCCGCGCUCAGUGGGAGAAACCAACCAGGGGCUGGCCAGCAUGGUGGAGGGCGUGAAGAAGAGUGGCAGAGUCAGCGUGGUUCUUGGCGGGGAUCACAGCCUGGGGAUUGGGAGCAUCUCUGGCCAUGCGAGGGUUCACCCCGAUCUCUGCGUCAUUUGGGUCGAUGCCCACACUGACAUCAACACUCCGGAGACAUCCACUACCGGUAACCUACACGGGCAGCCAGUGGCUUUCCUCAUGAAGGAGCUGAAGUCCAAGAUCCCAGAUGUUCCUGGAUUCUCUUGGGUGACACCCUGCAUAUCAGCCAAGGACAUUGUGUAUAUUGGAUUGAGAGAUGUGGAUCCUGGUGAACACUGUAUUGUGAAGAAUCUGGGUAUUAAAUGCUAUUCAAUGAGUGAGGUGGAUAAGCUUGGAAUUGGCAAGGUUAUGGAAGAAACGCUUAGCUAUUUGCUGGGAAGAAAGAAGAGACCAAUUCACCUGAGCUUCGAUGUUGAUGGGCUGGACCCUUUUCACACGCCGGCUACUGGCACACCUGUUCCUGGAGGUCUGUCUUACAGAGAAGGUCUCUACAUCACAGAAGAAAUUUAUAAAACAGGACUCCUGUCGGGACUAGACAUAAUGGAGGUCAAUCCAUCCCUUGGGAAGACACCCGAAGAAGUGAGCAAGACAGUCAACACGGCUGUUGCAGUAACCUUGUCUUGCUUUGGAGUGGCUCGGGAGGGUAAUCAUAGCGCAGCUGACUGCCCUCACCCCCAAAAAACUAUUUGAAAAUAAAUAUGCAUGCACUCAUGGUAUUAUUGACAUACCACAAAUGUACACGCACACACACACACUUAUUUCCUGCUGACUCCUGAAUGUGAAUCAUUCUUUUUAUUUUCUGUUCAAAGAAUUUGAUAUUUUUAACUCAAGCAUAUGCUGUAGUGGCCCAAAAUAUGGCAAUCCUUAAAGUUCUCUUAAAAAACAUAUUUACACUAUCUCACGGUGUUUAAAAAAAAAAAAAGAAGCAAUUGGUAAUAAAAUCUCUUUCAACUGCAACUUUGUGCCCAGUGAUGAAAAAUGCUACUUUCAUGAAAUGUGUUUACAAUUUGCCAAUAAAAAGCAAUUUCUCAGGAUCUCCUGUUUACCAUGUGGUACCAGUAAAGCUCUCUUAACUUGGCAAAUGUUUUGAAAUUGCAUAUAGUUGCAAUUGUCAGCUGUGUGACUUUGGGCUAGUCACUGAACUUUUCUGUGCCUCAGU